ACCAGGAAGCAGAUGACGCGUUAGCGAAGGCUUAACCAGAGCUCGACCUGUAACUCUUUAAGAAAUGGCGCGCUAGUUUGCAGCAAAAACUCAAACUGUAUCUGACGUAUAUUUUACAGCUGUCGGCCUCAGUAUAGCAGCGCCAGCAGUGACAACUAACUUACCUAUAAAGCAGUGCGUUGGCUAUUGUUAGCUGCUGAUGCUAACGCUAGAUAGAUACCACAAAGUGUUGUUAAGUAUGUCGUUAGCAUCGUUUAUAAAAAUAUUAAUCGACACAUCGGAUUAGCUGUUUGGUGUGUUCAGUUGGUUCCCUUAAAAACGUUGCUUUAAAAAUGGCAAAUACUGUCCUUGAAGUAGGCACCGGCGUUUUCGUUAUUGCAGCGGUCUGGAUUGUGGCUCUUGUGUUUGGGAUACUGCUGCUGAGAGCGUCUGGGUCCGCAAAGUUAGGAGUUCUUCCUGUUUUCCUCUUGGCUCUCACCGUCACUUUGGUGCUGGUGUUUUUCCCCCGCAACCCAGAGACUCCCCUGCCUUUCAAAGAUAUAGAGAUAGUGGACACUUUGUUCAUCGGCCGCUACGUGCUUCUGGCUGCGGUGAGCGCCAUCUUUCUGGUGGCGUUCUUCAUGCUGCUUCCCUUUCACUUCCUGGAGCCAGUGUAUGCCAAGGCCUUAAAAACACAUUAGAGUUGGCACCAGAAUCAUAAUGCUGAUUUACCCAAGAUGACAAGUAGUGAAACCCCCAGCCCCCCUUCAUGUGAAAUCAUUGUGAACACAAGAUCCAGUUUUGUCUUCAGACUGCUGUUUGUGUGUUCCUGACUGCUUAUACAACAAUAUAAAUGUAAUAUAUCUGGGUGGUGUUUUUGUAUCAUGUUCUUCUAUCAUUUAACAUAAAUUUAGAUUUUAUGUAUCAAGCAUGCCGGUAAUUCUUGGUCAACCAGUAGUGAAACAUUCCAUUC